AUGGCUUCAUAUAACCAGGAUAGUCAAGUCUCCGCGAACCGGAAUCGUGUCAAUCAUUCUCCAAUCGAUGUUCUUGUUAUCGGCGCGGGAAUUUCCGGUCUCACUGCUUCACUUGAGUUAGUGCGCGCCGGGCACCCGGUGACGAUAGUGGAAGCCAGGAAUCGAGUAGGUGGAAGGAUCGAUAGCCAUGAUUGGUCCAAUGGCACGAUCGACCUGGGUGCUAGCUUCUUACACGGGGUCGACGGAAACCCGCUAGUUGACCUACUCAAACAAUUCGAUGAACCUCUUCAUUUCGAGAACGAGACAGAUCCGAUCAAAAUCUAUCCGAACCAAUCCGACAGAUUGUCCGACCAAACGUCAAAGGAACUCUAUGAUCAUGCCAACGAGACCUUCUUCUCCACUGCCAGAUCGUUUUCUCAAUCAACCCUGUUACCACAUCCACAUACUCCUACGUCUUCUGGUGUGCCCUACAAUCCGCCCCCGAAAUCUCUAUACGAUUUCUUAUUGGAGUCGCCAACCUCUCCAUUGUAUAAAAGCCAUCAUACAGCCGACCAAAAAAAUAUCCUGCAAGAGAUCGUCCACUCGUUAGAUUCGUGGACCGGCGCGACAUCGGACCAAGUCUCACUGAAGUGGUGGGGUUUUGAGAAGGAGUAUACCGGUGAGGAUGCGGUCUUGCCCAAUACAUACAUGAAUAGCUUGAUCAAAAAGAUGGCCCGCGAAUUCGAGAGCUUGGGAGGCCGCAUUCUCUUGCAAUCUGAGUGUGAGCGCAUUCAGCUCCAGAUCCCAACGGGUCGGAUACGAGUAAGAGUUGCUGGGAAGCCAGAGGAGAUCGAAGCCGGCUGUUGUGUGUGCACGCUCCCUCUCGGCGUCUUGCAGGCCAAAGCUGACAUAUUCGAUCCCCCGCUUCCACCGCGACGAUUACUUGCUAUCUCGAGAACUGGUUUCGGCCUGCUUAACAAAAUCGUCGUCCGCUACAACACCUGUUGGUGGCCCAGCACAGCGCGCUGGUUCGUCCUCUUGCCAGCCGAGGCUGAAAGUGAGACGGACUCAGAGAGUGAAGGAAGUCAUCCCUCGCCCGACAGCUCGAUCACAUCGGCCAGAUCUUCGACUCCUGAAAAUCAUUGGCCAUCCCCCGCAAUGAGCGGAACAAAAAACUCUAACUCAAGACCGGAAUGUUCGGCACUCUUCUCAAAAGGCGUCAAGGUUCAGAAUUACGUGCCCAUCACCGGCGAGCCGGUAUUGGUUUUCUAUCUGGGAGCGGAAGCGGGGGAAGCGGUCGAGCACUUUACAAAUGAGCAUGUUGCUGAACUUGUCCAUGAAAAGUUACUCUCGCAAGUUCCAGUAGAGGAAAGAACCGUGGACUAUCCAGAAAUUCCGAUCGAAUGUCUCGUCACUCGCUGGAGGAGCGAUCAAUACGCGAGGGGCUCAUAUUCUUUUAUGAAGACCAAAACUUCUCUCAAGUUUAACGACCAUGGCGAAGUAGAAGAUCAAGAAGACUCAAACCCACUCGACUUGAUGGAGAUGAGCAAACCUCUUUGGGAUGGUAGAUUGGGAUUCGCUGGAGAGCACUGCUCAGUAGACCACUACGCUUGCGUCCAUGGACCUUAUAUGACUGGAUUGGAAGAAGCUCAUCGCAUCCAGUCCAACUACCACAAGUUCAACCCUCAUCCAGAACAGGAUCAAAAAGACAUUUCCAAGUUGACGACGAGCUUCGACCAGCUCAUCUGA